AUGCCAGUGGUACGGUUGGUCGAGGAGUUAUAGAUAAACUCGGCGCAUGGUAUGAUCAGAUCCCAAGUGGUCAAGCUCUCACUGACUAAUGACCGAAGUAGAUUUCCUAAGCUACGAUUGAUGACCUUGGUCUAGUCAUCAGUUUGUGAGUGGUAAGCAGUGGAGAACUUGAGCUUUGUCCCAUGUAAGCUCUAGAGAGUCCUCCAGAAGUGGCUAGUAAACCGUACAUCAUAGUUUGAGAUUAUGGACUUGGGUAGUCUAUGAAGGUGCACAAUCUCUCUAAAGUAGAGGCUAGCAACCUUGGAGGCGUCGGAGGUUUUCAAACAUGACACAAAAUGUGUCAUCUUUGAAAACCUAUCGACGACCACCAUGAUCGAGUCAUGUCGUCGUGCAGUGCAUAGGGGUCUCAAAAUGAAGUCCAUGCUGAUGUCGUCCCAUGGGUGGGUCGGCACUAAAAGUGGUGUGUAGAGUUCAGUAUUCUUCUUUACAUGUUUGGCGAGUGCGCACACUCGACACUAAGUGACAAUGUUCCCUACAUCGUGCUUGAGGGUCGGCCAGUAGAACUGGUGCUCGACUGCUGCAAUGGCCUUAUUGCAACCAAAAUGGCUGGAUAGACCUCUUGCAUGACAUUCCCAAGUGAGAAAGUCACAGAGGGAUGUGCAUGGAACGCACAAUCUAUUCCUAAAGAACAGACAUCCGUUGACCACAAGGAAGUCCUUAUGAUCUCGAGAUAGACCAUCCAAGAGUGCUCAUACCCUAAGUGGCACCUAGCACUGUCGACAAAUGGGUAGUGUGGUGGCGUCUACUGAUAAGUCUUCAUUAUCAUGAGUUAAUAAUUAGUAAAUAAUAUAGUUUUAGCCUUAACUCAUGAUAAAUAGACUUAUAUUUGUGUUAAAGCAUGAAAAGUGGUUUUCAGUUGAUUAACGUGAAUUUUUGGGUAAUUAUGUGAUUUUAUACGAUUUUUACAGUCUUAGUUUUGAGAUAAACGAAGAACAAGAAAUAAAAAUAAAAAUAUUGCAAAAUGGGGAGACCCGCCGGCCAGCCGGGCCCGCAAGCGGGUCGGAAGCGCAGUCGGGGAGUAGCCGCGAGCAGGGGCUCGAGCGGCUUGCUUGGAUCGAUAGGGGCACGUGUGCACCACUCCCCUUCCAUGUCACCGGUGGUCAGCCGGCUGUGGGGCAAGGAGUGGUCGUACACGCGAGAGGACUUUGCCUAGAAAGCUAACUUUACUAUAUAUUCGCCCAAAUAAUCCGCGCACAACCGAUGUGGGACUAAACCCGCGUCACACCUUGUUCAGGGGCGGGCGACCGCCGCGGGUUCGAAUCCUCCCAAAGUCAAAAUUCAUAUAUUUUUAACUGAUUAUCACGACUUUCCUGCAGAUCGCCGGUGAAGGAUUAAGCAACCAGAAUCGCUGGAUCAUCGGCGAAAAUCUCGUCAACGCGAUUCGCGGAGCAUUGCUACUAAAAUUUCUGAACGAUUCGCGAUAAAAGGAUCGCAAUCCAUCGAGUAAAUCAUCUCCGAUUGAUCGACGAACAAGCCGUCGUCGGGAAGAGGACGAUCCGCCGGAAGACCAGUCGCCACCUCCUGAGAGCGUACCAGAUGCGAUGAAGAGCCUCCUCUUGCUGCGCGGACCUGAGGAUGAAGCUCCCUAACACGCGCCUCACCUCCAUCCAGCCCCUCUCCGUCGAGUGACAGCUGCCGGAGAGCCGCAAAGUCGCCGUUUUUCCGCUCCGCCGGGUGACAGCCGCCGGAGACGAUUCGACGACCCACUUCAUUGGUCUCUAGACUUCGCGAGAAGAUCUAGAGAUUGCCCACAUCGUCUUUGUCCAAGGAGAGCCUUCGAGGCCGUGGACACUACACGACGACCCUCCCGAACGCUCAGGAUUCCGGUGCAUCGCCGACGCGUCGCCGUCGCGACGCCGGAACUCUGUUUUCCUGCUUUAUCUAGAGAUUGCCCAAGUCGUCUUUGUCCAAGGAGAGCCUUCGAGGCCGUGGACACUGCACGAGGAUCCUCCCGAACGCUCAGGAUUCCGGUGCAUCGCCGACGCGUCGCCGUCGCGACGCCGGAACUCUGUUUUCCUGCUUUAUCUAG